CGGGUGCGGGCUGUGGUUCCGGCUCGUUCUUCGAAGGGGGGGGCAGCGGUGCCGAGUUCUUUCCCGAGGACGGAACCGGCCGGCGGGACUGGGAAACCGCGCCUCGCUGACGUGGCAGACACCGGCUUCUUCUCGGUAGCCAUCCCAGAGCAGCAGGCGGUUUCUCCUCGCCAUCGAUGCCGUUCACUGGGGCUUUCUUGUCUGAUGGUCACUGCGAUGUCCUGGUAUUGCCAAGUGGAAGAGCGAAAAUGGAAAAGCAAAAGCCUUUUAAAUUGUUUGUUCCACCAAGAUUAAGCAGCAGCCAAGUGUCUGCAGUGAAACCCCAGAGCUUGGGCCCAGAUUCUCAUUUGUUCAAGAGUUUCAACAAAUGUAUUGAAGAUGAUUUUGGUUUUCCAUUUGCAAUGACUAAUCUUUCCAAAAAUGGGGAAAACAUCAAUUCAGAUCCUGCUUUACAAAAAGUUAAUUUUUUGCCCAUGCUUGAACAGGUUGAUAAUUCUGACAGUUGUCACUAUCAGGAAGGACUGAAAGAGUCUGAUUUUGAGAAUUCAGAACCAAUGAGCAGACUUUAUUCAAAACUGUAUAAGGAGGCUGAAAAGAUCAAAAAGUGGAAAGUGAAUGUAGAAUCUGAACUGAAGCAGAAAGAAAAUAAGUUGCAAGAAAAUAGAAAGAUAAUUGAAGCACAGCGAAAAGCCAUUCAAGAACUACAGUUUGAAAAUGAAAAAGUAAGUUUGAAAUUAGAAGAAGGAAUCCAAGAAAAUAAAGAUUUAAUAAAAGAGAAUAAUGCCACAAGGCAUUUAUGUAAUCUACUCAAAGAGACCUGUGCUAGAUCUGCAGAAAAGACAAAGAAAUAUGAAUAUGAACGAGAAGAAACUAGACAAGCUUAUAUGGAUCUAAAUAAUAACAUUGAGAAAAUGAUAAUAGCUUUUGAGGAACUUCGUGUGCAAGCUGAGAACUCCAGACUGGAAAUGCAUUUUAAGUUAAAGGAAGAUUAUGAAAGAAUCCAACACCUUGAAGAAGAGUACAAGAAGGAAAUAAAUGACAAGGAAAAACAGGUAUCACUGCUAAUGAUUCAAAGCACCGAGAAGGAAAAUAAAAUGAAAGACCUAACAUUUCUACUAGAAGAAUCAAGAAAUAAAGUUAAUCAAUUAGAGGACAAAAUAAAAUUACAGAAUGAAAAUUUAAAAGAAUCAAAUGAGAAGCAGGAUCAUUUGACAUCAGAACUAGAAGAUACUAAAAUGUCCUUGCAAGGAAGUUUGAGUACUCAGAAGGCUUUAGAGGAAGAUUUACAAAUAGCAAAAAAAACAAUAAAUCAGCUCACUUCAGAAAAAGAAACUCAGAUGGAAGAAUCUAAUAAAGCAAAAGCUGCUCAUUCAUUUGUAGUUACUGAAUUUAAGACUACCAUCUGCAACUUGAAGGAAUCAUUGAAAACAGAACAGCAAAGGUUGGGAAAAAAUGAAGAUCAAUUGAAAAUACUUACCAUGGAGCUUCAGAAGAAAUCAAAUGAACUGGAAGAGAUGACUAAGUUUAAAAAUAAUCAAGAAGUAGAACUUGAAGAAUUGAGAAAAGUCUUGGCAGAAAAUCAAAAGCUUUUAGAUGAAAAGAAACAGUUUGAGAAGAUUGCUGAAGAAUUAAAGGAAACAGAACAAGAACUAACUGGUCUUCUGCAAACCAGAGAGAAAGAAGUAUAUGAUUUGGGAAUACAGUUAACUGCCAUUACAAUAAGUGAACAGCAUUAUUCAAAACAAGUUGAAGAUUUGAAAAUUGAGCUUGAAAAUGAGAAGCUUAAAAAUAAUGAAAUAGCUGCAAGCUGCAACAAGUUUUCACUGGAGAACAAAGAACUAGCACAAAAAAUAAGUGAUACAGCCUUAGAGCUCAAGAAGCAGCAAGAAGAUAUAACCAAUAGCAAAAAGCAAGAAGAAAGAAUGUUGAAACAAAUAGAAAAUCUGGAAGAUACAGAAACACAAUUAAGGAAUGAACUAGAAUCUGUGAGAGAAGAACUAAAAAAGAAAGCAGAUGAAGUUAAAUGUAAAUUGGACAAAAGUGAAGAAAGUGUUCGAAGCAUUGAAUGUGAAGUUUUAAAAAAAGAUAAACAAAUGAAGAUGUUAGAAAACAAGUGUAAUAAUUUAAAGAAACAAGUUGAAAAUAAAGGCAAGUGUAUUGAAGAAAAAAAUAAGACCUUGAAGAAAAAAGGUACAGCAGAAAGCAAGCAACUGAAUGUUUAUGAAAUAAAGGUCAGUAAAUUAGAGUUAGAACUAGAAAGUACCAAACAGAAAUUUGAAGAAAUGACUGACAGCUAUCAAAAAGAAAUUGAGGACAAAAAAAUAUCAGAAGAAAAUCUUUUGGGAGAGGUUGAAAAAGCCAAAGUAACAGCUGAUGAAGCAGUAAAAUUACAGAAAGAAAUUGAUAUACGAUGUCAACAUAAAAUAGCUGAAAUGGUAGCACUUAUGGAAAAACAUAAGCACCAAUAUGAUAAAAUCGUUGAAGAAAGAGACUCAGAAUUAGGAUUUUAUAAGAGCAAAGAACAAGAACAGUCAUCAAUGAAAGCAUCUUUGGAGAUUGAACUAUCCAGUCUCAAAAACGAACUUUUGUCUGUUAAGAAGCAACUUGAAAUAGAAAGAGAAGAAAAGGAAGAACUCAAAAGAGAAACAAAAGAAAAUCCAAUUACUCUCAAGGAAAAAAAAGGCAAGAAGACACAGACAUCUUUAUUGGAAACACCUGAAACUAGCUAUCGAAAAUUUGAUUCUAAGGUAGUUCCUUCACAAAAUAAAUCUCGAAGUUUCACAUCAACUGAUAAUGGCAAGUCCAAAGAUAAAAGGGACUAUUUGUGGACAUCUGCUAAAAGUACUUUAUCUACACCAUUACCAAAGGUAUAUAAAGUGAAGACACCAACAAAACUGCAAAUACAGCAAAGAGAAAACAAGAAUAUACCCAUUGAAGAAAGUAAUAAAAAGAGGAAAAUGGUCUUUGAUUUUGAUAUUAAUUCAGACAGUUCAGAAACUACAGAUCUUUUGAGCAUGGUUUCAGAGGAAGAGACACUGAAAAAACUAUACAAGAAUAAUAAUUCACCAUCUUCUCAUCUUUGUGUCAGAACACCAAAGACUCCUUCAUUGCUAACAACCCCUGGAUCUACAGUGAAGUUUGGAACUAUGAGAAAAACACAGGAAGAUCGUUGGGCUGUAAUUGCUAAAAUGGAUAGGAAAAAAAAACUAAAGGAAGUAGAAAAGCUAUUUGUUUAAUUUUAGAAAAGCAGUAUGAUUAAAGAGCCUAUUAGCAUCCAUUUAUAAUUAAUUUUCAUUCUUAUUUUCCAAAGAG